AUGAACAGCGUGCUAUCGACGUUGACGUGGGGCACAUGGGACGACGCCGAGUGGGGCCGAAGUCUCCGCAAACUGCGCAAGAAGGGGCUGCAGGCGCCCAAGAACUCGCAGCUCUGGUUCGAGGAGCUGCUGGAGCGCGUGGAGGGCACGUCGUUCGGGCGCACCAAGUCCACGUACCGCUGCAACCCGCUCAAGUGCCUGCACGAGUCUGAAGAAGGUUGCAACGAGGUGGCCGAGACGGCGCAGGGGAUCCCCUGGGCCGAUCUGCCCGACGGAAUCCACCCGCGAGACGGAAAGUUGCCGGCGGAGCGCGCAAGGAACAAACGGCAGCAAGUGGACAAUUUAGCGAUCUUCUUGCAGCGCAUACUCAGACCGGGAGAUAUCGUGGUCGAGUUCUGUGCCGGCUCGGGAUACGUAGCGCUGCCGCUAGCGUGCCUGUUUCCGCAGUGCACAUUCGUGCUUCUCGACAAGAAGGAACCCUCGCUUGCCAUCGCGGAGGAGCGGAUCGCGGCGGCCCAGUUGACCAACGUAGAGAUCUUCUGCGGGUUUAUUGACGACUACAACAAGCCUUUCGACGUGGGCAUUGCGCUGCACGCAUGCGGUGAAGCGACAGACAUGGUGAUGCAGAAGUGCCUUGCGGAACGGGCUGCCUACGUGCUGGCUCCGUGUUGCGUCGGCAAGAUCAAGCUGAGCGAGUUGGCCUAUCCUCGCUCCGCCACACUGGCUGCUGAAUUGUCACGAACCGAGUACGAAGUGCUGGCGAAGGCUGCCGACUUUGGACACUCGAGUAGCGCAGCUGUGGCGCACACGGACAUCAACCGCCGUCGCCGACGCUGCAAGACGCUCCUUGAGAGUGACCGCAACAUGCAGGCGGAGGAAGCGCAGUACGAUACCUUCAUGUUUGUCAUGCACCCGCCUACAGCCACGCCCAAGAACGACGUGUUGGUUGGAAUUCCAAGAAGCCAGGAAGUGAAGGACGCCGGCAGACUGUUUCAGCUUGCAUGCGAAUCCACGCUGUCUACCGACUCGCUGGUUCGCAAGGCCAUGCUGAGUACGUAA